AUGAUACCUCCAGGCGUUGUCGGUGAACGUGUUCGUCAAAUGCAAGCCCUUACAGAAAACCCAGCCGCGAGUGAACGACCUUCGGUCUCUCCUGAGCAACCUCUCGCUCUUGAACGAUACUGCUCACACUGCGGCCAUGAUUCCUGUAUAAAGUGCACUGGAGAAAUUCCUGGCAAUGUCCCUAAACACAGUAUCCCUACGUUUUCGACCCCGUACAAGGGACGUCAUCAUACAGACAGGAUCCCUGAGUUACCUACUCGAGAAGAGCAUGCUACAAGCGAAGACGACCAGCCUACACAGGCUACUUCGGACACAGCCCGUCGUCGCAAGACUUCAAGGUUCGCAUCCGAGCCAGAAACAUCAAAGACUCCUCGUCCAACCAGAAAGAAAUCUCGCCUAAUACCUAAAAUUGAUCAGGAACUCCUGAAACCAGUCCGAAAAAAGACUAUUGCAGUACCAACAGAGAUAUCCAACUCCGUGAAGAACAACCCCUUUUUCAUGGCAGACCGGGGAACGACGAAAAAGGCUUCCGAACCUACAAUUACAGCGAGAUCAGUGCAGGUGGAACGAAAACCCAAGCACUCCGAUUGCGUUCCCGAUCGUCUAAUGUCCAAAUCGCCCCGCGCUUCUCAUGUACAGGAAGAGUGCUCUGAUCCUAGCUGCCGAGCGACACACGCUGGCCAUCACCCGACCCGGCAUAGCAUCAGCUGUACUACUCGACGCAGUUUGGGAGCCCUCGUGAUCGAAGGCAACGACUUGGAUAUGAUUGACGAGGAUAAGGAUAAACAUGAAGCGAAGCAUGCUCCAGCAGUGACGAAAUCACCAUCACGGCACAAGUUACAAACGAAAAUUGAUCAACUGUAUCAUCAUGGGCAAGACUUGCAUCACUCACAACAUAUCAUGGAGCACCUAGCAGCUGGCGUCAAGACUCUUCCCUCUUCGGCAACGGAGGAGAAGCCCCCUCGUAGACUAAACGGGCGCUCGGGGAUGGGCGAUUACAAGCUGAGAAUACACAGCCAACCCGCUUCCGACCAUAGUCUGAGUCAAGACGAAACUGUGACCGUUGGAACAGAAACUACCAAGCAUAGCAUAAGCAGAGACACGGCAGUUCCUGGUGAGAUUGAAUCAAAGCCACUUAAUCUUAACGAGCACAAGGGGGAUCGACACCCACGUCCAAAUUCCCACGAGCCCCAUGUCAAUACUCAUAAUGAUGCCCAUUGGAUAAAGCCUGCGUUGGGCAGUCAUGGUCAGGCUUGUGACGUGCAAGAACAUCAUUCGAGAUCAUUGACUUCACGGCCAACUGGCGCAAAGCCUACCCCGGCACCACAGAUACCUAACAAAGGUCUCGGUACCUCACCAGAAGAAAAUGGAAGGAAUACGCCACAAGUUCAAAACACUCCCUUGCCAACCAAAACGCAUAGUGGGAGUCCUGGGUCUCAUAAACGCGCCAACGAGCCAGAUGAGCCAGUGCCUGGAGUGCACAUGUUACGCAAAACAGUCCCACGAGAUGAUCCUGAAAGGCCGAAUGCCGAGACGACCAACAUCUCAUCAUGGAGAACGCAAUUAAGGAAGGUCGACAAGUCUGCGGAACAGCCAUCAGAUCAACAUCUGACCCCUUCUCAUGUAGAGAACUGGAGGAGAGAACUGAGUAGUGUAAACCAUCGGACUCCAGUAUCCGAAAAGGACAAGAAGGAGGAUUGCAUUAACUGCAACCCAGACCAGUACAAAUCACCACAAGCAGAGAAAUCUUCUCAAUCUUUUGCCGAGGUUGACUCGCAGAAGAAAGCUGAAAAUGAGCAGAGUGCUGUAUUCAAGUCACCGGUACCUCGCCUCAAAGUAACCGACGUUGAGUUAUCACUCGCUCGGCAAGGUGACGAGGAGCUCAUGGCCAAGCGUCAGGAGCUCCACGAUAAAGAAGCGGAGGAGCAGAGUAACCCACAACCUCUAGUCAAAAAAGACGAUCCAGGGCGCAAAGACUCUGUGAUGUCAACUGUGAUUCAUGACCCAAGACCCAUGAUGCCGUAUAAGCAUAUGUGCGCCUGGCGGGCGCGGUACAUGGAUCUCAAGAGCCAAGUUGAUCAACUCGGAGAUGAAACAGGUUGCCCGCUAUCAGACGGACGAGUUGGUACCUUUUGCUCGCAUACUCAUACAGAUAUCGACAUCGAAGGCCUUACGGUCGUGAUGCAUUUCAAAGGCAAAGACGACUUGGUAGUCAAUACAGAUCUGAGAGAGGGCUUACGAGAACACCAGAGGCAGCAAGGAGCAACAAAAUUGUGA